AAGAGGAGUGAGGAUCCUGAUCACAAGAGCUUACAAUCUGAAGGAAUAGGAAGUAGAGUAAGAUAUUUAUACUGUUGAGCUCCGCCCACCCCAGUCACAUGACCAUUCUCACAGGUCCUUCCGCAAUCUCUUCUAUCCUCAAGAGCUCCACCCCCACAUGUACUGGUCACAUGAUUGUAACAUCAUUACAGGUCCUACACUUCUAGCAUUUAGCAGAUAUCAUGCAGGUCCUGGUCAGGAAGUCUCUGUCCUUGUGUUGUGUGCGAUCCCAGUAGUAAGGAGAUUACAUGAGGAGGAGGUUCCUAUAAGGUGUCAGGACGUGGCGGUCUAUUACUCCAUGGAGGAGUGGGAGUAUGUAGAAGGACACAAGGAUCAGUACAAGGAUCAGGUCAUGAGGGAGGAUCAGCAGCCCCUCACAUCACCAGAUGGAGUCAUGGAUAGAAAUCCACCCGAGAGGUGUCCCCGUCCUCUGUAUUCCCAGGACUGUCCAGAGGGAAAUGUCCCAGAGAAGCAUCAGGGUGAAGAUCUGAUCAAUAUUAAGGUUGAGGUCAAAGAUGAAUCAGAAGAGGAGACGGAUCAGCAGUAUGGAGUCAUGGAUAGAAAUCCACCCGAGAGGUGUCCCCGUCCUCUGUAUUCCCAGGACUGUCCAGAGGGAAAUGUCCCAGAGAAGCAUCAGGGGGGAGAUCUGACUAAUAAUAAAGUGGAGGAUGAAGAGAGGAUGAGGGGCCAUCACCCGUGUAUGAGGGAAGUGAAGGAGGAAAUUCCAGGAGGUGUUACCCCAGCCAAAGCAAAAGGGGAUUUAAAAGAUAUGGGAAAUAUAAAAGAAGAAAAUCCCAGUAAGAACUUUAGGUCAUCUCCGAAUUAUAAAGGAGAAGCUGAAGAUAUGAUGGAGCGCUCCUCAGGAGAAGACCUCCUCACCCCUAAUGUCCAUCCAGAUCUAACCUAUAAUAAUCCUCCUGAUUAUGAGGGACUUUCUACCGACCAAUCACAUAUUGUUACCCCAAGGUCAGAUCAGGAAGGGGGGACAAGGUUUCAUUGUGGCGAAUGUGGAAAAGAGUUUACAAAUAGAACAAGUCUUCUUAGACACGGCAGAAGUCACACAAGGGAGAAGCCACAUACGUGUUUAGAAUGCGGAAAAUGCUUUCCAUAUAAAUCUCAUCUUGUUGUACACGAGAGAAGUCACACAGGAGGGAAUCCACAUCCGUGUUCAGAAUGUGGGAAAUGUUUCCCAUAUAAAUCACUGCUUGUUACCCAUCUGAGAAGUCACACAGGGGAGAAGCCAUAUUCAUGUUUAGAAUGUGGGAAAUGCUUUCCAUGCAAAUCGCAGUUUGUCGUGCAUGAGCGAAUUCACACAGGAGAAAAGCCAUAUUCAUGUUCAGAGUGUGAAAAACGCUUUGCAUAUAAAUCACAACUUGUUAUGCAUCAGAGAACACACACAGGAGAGAAGCCGUACACAUGUUCAGUAUGCAGAAAAUGCUUUAUAAGUAAAUCAGCUCUGAUAACACACGAGAGAAGCCACACAGGAGUGAAACCGUUUUCAUGUUCAGAAUGUGGGAAAUGUUUCCCACGUAAAUCAAAUCUUAUUAAUCACAUGAGAAUUCACACAGGGGAGAAGCCUUUUUCGUGUUCAGAAUGCAAGAAAUGUUUUACAGAUAAAACGAGUCUUGUACUCCAUGAGAGAAUUCACACAGGAGAGACCUAUUCAUGUUCACAAUGUGGGAAAGGUUUUACAUAUAAAUCAAGUCUUGUCGUACAUGAGAGAAUUCACACAGGAGAGAGGCCGUAUUCAUGUUCAGAGUGUGGGAAAUGUUUUAUCGAUAAAAGCAAACUAAGGAAACAUCAGAGAAGUCACACAAGAGAUAAGGCAGAGUGACACAGAGGACACCCUGUUCCAAGAUAUUUAUAUUAUUUUCAUAUAUAGCCAUAUUAAUAUUUGAUCUCCAUAGAUACCAUAUAUAAUGAUAAGGGUGACAGAGUUGAAUAGGAAACAAUAAUAAAAUAAAUUUGU